AACAUUUAGCUAAGCAAGCACUGCAACCACCAACACAGACAGCCGGGGUGCUUAUGACUCGGAUCCAUCAAUGGCUGCACUUGGCAUCUCAGCUGAUUCAAUUUCGAUAGCUACACUUGCAGUACUAUGCCCACAGCCACAGUUGUGACAUGCGCGGCUAUAUAAAUGGCCGGUGAGCUCAUUGCCUCCUCACUGCCAUAGCUUGUGUUGUGAAGAGCUUGAGCUAGCUAGCCCAGGUUCCAGUGUGGCUGCUGAGGAAGAAAGGCUUGGAAUUUAGCUGAGGAUUACGAAGAGAUUAUCGAGCAGAAUGGGUGUGGGAAAAGUUUUGAGCGAUGUGAAGCCGUACCUGGCUAUGAUCCUGCUGCAGGUAGGGUUCGCGGGGAUGUACGUGGUCGCCGUGGCCUCCCUCAAGCGCGGGAUGAGCCACUUCGUGCUCGUCGUGUACCGUAACCUCGUCGCCACCGCCGUCAUGGCGCCCUUCGCUCUUUGGUUCGAGAGGAACGUGAGGCCAAAGAUGACCUUCACCAUCUUCUUGAAGAUAAUUGGGCUCGCCUUACUUGAACCUGUGCUUGACCAGAACCUGUACUACAUGGGCGCCAACCUGACCUCCGCCGGCUUCGCGUCGGCGCUGAUCAACAUACUCCCCGCCGUCACCUUCGUCAUGGCCCUCGUCCUGCGGAUGGAGAAGGUGCGUCUGCGGAGCGUGCACAGCCAGGCGAAGAUCGUCGGCACGCUCUGCACCGUCGCCGGCGCGGUGCUCAUGAUCCUGUACCACGGCCCCGUGGUGCAGUUCCCCUGGUCCAGGGGCCAGCACCACGACAGCACCGGCGCCGGCGGCCAGGGCGCCGGGUGGCUCAACGGGACUAUCCUGAUUGUCGUCGCCUGCGUCUGCUGGUCCAGCUUCUUCGUGCUUCAGUCCAACACGCUGCAGAGCUACCCCGCGGAGCUGUCGCUGACGACGCUCAUCUGCCUGACGGGCUCGCUGAUGAGCGGCGCCGUCGCGCUCGUCGCGGAGCGCGGCAACACCAAGGCGUGGGUCAUCGGCUUCGACACCCGCCUCUUCACCGCCGUCUACGCCGGCAUAGUGUGCUCCGGCGUUGCCUACUACGUGCAGGGUCUCGUGUCGAGGCAGCGAGGCCCGGUUUUCGUCACAGCCUUCAACCCUCUCUGCAUGAUCAUAACUGCCGUUAUGGGCUCCAUCAUACUCAAAGAAGAGAUCACUCUUGGAAGUGUGAUUGGCGCAGUGAUCAUCGUUGCAGGCCUGUACGCGCUCAUCUGGGGCAUGAGCAAGGACCACGUCAAACAGGUCGCCGACGUCUCAGCUGGCGGUUCCAAGGGCGCAGCGACCGAGCAGCUGCCCAUCACCUCGGUGCAGCCCAACGGCAACGGCAAGCACGACCUCGGCAACGGCCGCGGCCACGUCUUCGACGUCGAGACGCCGGCGGACAACGGCCACUACUAGUCUCAUGCAUCGUGCUCGUCCAUUCUAGGCUUACGUUGUAGCCGAUGGAUAGUAUAUAUGUGGUGCGAUCUUUCUUCUUCCGUUUAUAUUAUUUUCUCAUAAAAUUCUUGCGCGAGAGAGAGGGAGAGAGACACAUAUGGACCUCGCCUGAUGUAAUGGAUAAGGCCAUGACGUCUCCGGGUGCUUGAUUAAUCAUUAAAAUUUGCUCUGCUUACGUAUGAGCUGGGAUUAAUUACUUCGUCAGUGCCUAUUAAUCAAUGCUCUGCCUUUGCUUAAUGCUAUCUACAGAGAUUAUCAGCUUCCCAUUCUCUCCCCCUUUGCUUGCACUCUUGGUGCAUCCACUAAUCACGAACUUUUACUAAUUAAUUGAUGCCUGAAUCGACAUGGAACCCAAAUGUGGUUGCUUUGAGGAUCAGUGGCGGAGACAGUGGGCAAAGAGUUCUCUCUUCUUCCUCCUU